GCAACGCGCGGGGGGCGGGGCUGCGCCGAGGGGGCGCGGGAUGGAGCGGGAUGGAGCCGGCCGGGGCCACGCCGCCGAGCUGCGCCCCGGCCCGGGAGGCGGAGGAACCUCCGGGGUGCCCGGCACUACCCGCAGAGCGACCGCGGGAUGGACAGCACGCCCGGAACGAGAGGGAACAGGCGGCGGAACGGAGCGGCGGUCACGGCCCAGCAGAGCGGGCGGCGCGGGGCGGGGGGCGGCGCGGGCCGGAGGAGCGGGGGGAGCGGGCGGAGCGGGCCGGACGGCGGCCUCGGGUCACCGUGGACAGUUCGAAGGCCAAGACGUCGCUGGAGGCGCUGAAGAUCAGCCUGAGGCAGCUGCGAUGGAGGGAGUUUCCGUUUGGCAGACGCUUGCCGUGCGAUAUCUACUGGCAUGGAGUAUCGUUCCAUGAUAACUACAUAUUCUCAGGUCAAGUCAACAAGUUUCCAGGCAUGACAGAGAUGGUACGGAAGGUUACGCUGAGUCGAGCAGUGAGAACGAUGCAAGAUCUAUUUCCUGUGGAGUACAACUUCUAUCCUCGCUCCUGGAUUCUGCCCGAGGAGUUUCCCCUCUUUGUGGAUGAGGUUCGUAUGAUGAAAGAGAGCGAUCCGUCCUGGAAGCCCACUUUUAUUGUCAAACCUGAUGGCGGGUGCCAGGGGGAUGGAAUCUACCUCAUUAAAGACCCCAGCGAUGUCAGGCUGGCCGGGAGCCUGCAGAGCCGCCCGGCGGUGGUCCAGGAGUACAUCUGCAAACCACUGCUUGUUGACAAGCUGAAGUUUGAUAUUCGUCUUUAUGUCUUACUGAAAUCCUUAGAACCCUUAGAGAUCUAUAUAGCCAAAGAUGGACUUUCUAGGUUUUGUACAGAGCCCUAUCAAGAACCCACUCUAAAAAAUUUGCACCAGGUUUUUAUGCACUUAACUAACUACUCCUUAAAUAUCCAUAGUGGGAAUUUCAUCCAUUCUGACAACGUAAACACGGGCAGCAAGAGGACUUUCUCGAGCAUCCUGUGCAGACUGUCUGACAGAGGAGCCGAUGUCAAAAAAGUUUGGUCAGAUAUAAUUUCACUGGUGAUUAAAACAAUUAUUGCGCUGACACCAGAACUGAAGGUUUACUAUCAGUCUGACAUCCCAGCAGGAAAGCCUGGGCCAACUUGCUUCCAGAUUUUAGGGUUUGACAUUCUCCUGAUGAAAAACUUGAAGCCCAUGUUGCUGGAAGUAAAUGCAAACCCCAGCAUGAGAAUAGAGCAUGAGCAAGAGCUCUCUCCUGGGGUGUUUGAAAAUGUCCCGAGUCCUGUUGAUGAAGAAGUGAAAGUAGCUGUUAUCAGAGAUACUCUUCGCCUAGUGGACCCUCAGAAAAAAAAGAGAAAAGAUAUCCAGUCUCAGACUUCAGAGCAUGUGUCAGAAACAAAGGAGGAUCUACUGGGUGCAGGACCAGGAGGUGGAGUGGAUUAUGAUACCAGCAAAAGCACAGAGCCUGGCCUGCCUUCCCUUUGUCUCAAGCAAGUGUUUCCAAAGUACGCCAAGCAGUUUAAUUACCUGCGACUUGUGGACAGAGUGGCUGCAUUGUUCAUCCGAUUUCUGGGUGUCAAAGGGACGACAAAACUGGGGCCGACAGGUUUCCGGACAUUUAUAAGAAACUGCAAGCUCAGUAACAGCAGUUUUUCAAUGGCUUCUGUGGAUAUCUUAUACAUUGAUAUCACAAGAAGGUGGAACAGUGUGGGAAUUGAUCACAGGGAAUCAGGAAUGUGUUUGCAAGCCUUUGUUGAAGCUUUCUUCUUCUUGGCUCAGAAAAAAUACAAGUCACUCCCUCUUCAUGAGCAGGUGGCGUCAUUGAUUGACUUCUGUGAGUAUCACCUGGCUGCCCUGGAUGAGAAGCGCCUGCUUUGUGGCCGAGGGGUUGCAGAGCGCCGAAGUGCAGCAGUUCCUUGUCUGACAGAUGGACUUGAGGGUACAGCAGCUCUGCAUGCACCGCUCCUAAACCGCACGGCCGCAGCUGGUAAAUUUGCAGGUUGUAGAAGUCAUCGCUAUCCUGGUGCUGUUUCACCAGGAGCAGGGAGAGACUGAGAGAGCUGAGAAUGAAGCUCCAGGUAUGUAGAAGCUGCAGGAUGUGGAAAAGACUCUUUAAUUCCUUUUUUUUUCCUAUUUAUAUUCUUCAACAAGACAGCUGAAGGCCCCAUUCUCAAACACUGAUCCUUCCUCACAAUGGCCUGCAGUGCAUCUCACAUAACAAACUGUGCUUUUAUUCUGAAUGUGAAGACAAGGAACAAAAUCAUAGUGGGAAGAUAACCAGCAUCAUGGGACUGGGUGCACUGCCUGUGGGGCACGUGCAUGUUGAAGGAAUUACAUGCCUUGAAUGAAUCAUGGAUACCAAUUAAGGAGCUGCAGUCACAAAUUCCAGUGGUGCACUUUUGAGAACAAAAACCUGGGAUUACGUUUUUGGUCAGACUUCAGGAUUUGAUCCUAUUAUUUCAGUUGCUUGGACUGUGCUUGUUGGUGUCGCUACGGGUUUGCUUGUUGCCUAUAGCUAUGCACUUACCUUUAUAAGUCAAUCUUAAACCACUGGAAUCAUAUUUUCACUUCUUCUUUGUACAUGUCCUUGCCAUGAGAAGUACUGUGAACUUUUAAAAGAAAAAUGAGAGAAGUUUGUCCUUUUGCUUCCACAGAAAAAAUCAGGUCACAACGAUUCACAGGAAAAAUCCAACCAACCAAGCUUCAUGAAGUAACAUUUGUUGACUUCAGUGUUGUUUUUUCUUCAAGUAGUAAGCACUAUUGCUGCAGGGAGCCUUACUGCAUGAAGGUGUAAGAAGUCGUCCAGGUCCAGAAGUCAUCCAGAAGGCCAAUCCGGUUACUUUAGGCUAAACUCCUUCUAUUCUAGGUUUGUUUAUUUUCAUACUUCUUUGCUGUUUGUUAUCUUAUUUGGACCUGAGUUAACAUCUAGAGCAGAUUUUUUUGGACUUUGCACAUAAUCUUCAUUUUUCUUCUAUCUACAACUCUGCAACUCAGAUCUAUAUUAUUCAGCAGGAUAUUUUGUCCAGAAUGCUGGACUCCACUGGAGCUCUUUUGGAGGAGUUCUACAGAGUAGUCUUGUUUUUCAAGCAAUGAACUGGGGGUUGCAUCAUCACACUCUUCAUUGGGGGGCUAAGCAGAGACAGACUGGUUGGAAAGGACACGGAUAGCUUGGUACAUCAGUGCUGUUCAGUCAAUUAUUUUUGUUCUGGUCUCAUAUUUUAUGAUGAUGAUAUAUAAAUCAUCCUUUGUUUUAAGGUUAAUAAUCCACUCAUGUUGUAGUGUUUGCUAUACUGUCAGACAUGACACCUUUUUCAGAAGGUCCAAUGUGUGGCAGUUAGGGUUGGUCUGAGAAAACAACCUGAUCUGAAUCUACUAGUGGCUGACGCAUGAGAAAUGGUGUCUGCCAUGAAGGAAUCAUGUUGUCAGUGUGGAGAAAGUCCUCACAUUUAAUGUCAAGAAUUAAGUGCACACACAACAUGGAGUGACUUUUUACUCUGGGAAAUGUUUGGGAUUUACUUGCCUGGUUUUUAGUUUUAAGCAGCAUGCUGUUAUCCCACGUGGCAAUCAGGAGCAUGGCAAUACAACGCAGAACUCAAGCUUGGCCUGCAAGAACGUGAUACUUAGCAUGUGUUAAUAACAGAUGUGGGAGUAGCUGCUUCUCUUUCCCUUCUUCUUCUGUAACACAGUAAUAGCAGUAAUAGACAGUUUUUGUUCACUGGCUAGACUGUUUGCAAUUUUGUGUUGUACAUAAGAGGGUGAUUGUAAACUAAUGCCACUGCACUCUGCCUUGCUUAAGUUUCAUAAGGAUUAUUGCAGUAUGAAGAUAAAAUGCCAAGCUCUGAGGUCUGGUGGCUGUCAGAACAAACGAAGCUGGAAGGGUCAUUUUUUUCACAGUUUGAUUGUAAUAUAUGUGACGACAUCCCCAAGUUGAAAAAUGGUUACUUCUCAUUUUGUGACAUCUGACAUUUGUCUUGCGAUUGGCAGCGUGUUACUAGAAAAUAGCUUACAGUUCCCCUCAUCUUGUGAUUGAUGUCCUGUAAAGACAGAGUUAUAGAAGAAUGGGAUUUGAAAUAGUACAGAUGUGAAUACUUUGCUUUGGAGCUUUCAAGUAGUGCAAUCUGUGCCCUAAAAUACCCUCUUCUUGGCUACUGUACCCCAAUAACAGUGGAUGAAAUUAACUAUUGUAUAUAAAGAGCAAUGGAGAUCUUUAUAUUCUCUGGAUCUCAUACAGAUUUUCAUAACCUGUGCAUACUGGGACUGAUGCAGUAUGCUCUAUUUCCUAUUUCAGAUAUGAAGAGCCCUUUGUGGAGUAGAUAAAAUAUUCAAUUAUCUGCCUCCAGUAACCCAGUGUUCAUAUAUUUAUCUAAUUGGAAAACUGAAUGCCAUAUUAUUGCUGGGGGUGGAGUAAAAUAGGAGUGUACUUCAGAGACAUCACAACAAAGUCACAUUUCUCUUCCCUCCCAUCUAAUGCAAUUUCCUUGCAAUAUUAUUUAGCACCCAAAGCAAUUUCACAUAGCCCUUAAGUUAGUGGUCUGUGCAAACACAAGAAAAUGACCAGCAAUACUGAAUUCAGAAUACUAAUGCUAAUGCACUGAUUAUCUGUUAAUCCUCAGAUAGCUUUCUAGCAGGAAAACAAUAUAAGAGAGUUAGGCAAGCAUUUUUAGUAGUGCUUUUAAUAUAAUCUUUUCAGAUAAUAAUAUAGCAUUCAGUAUUCCAUUUAUGAGCAUAUAUAAACAUUACAUACCACUGAAAUCUUUCUUGCUAUCAGACGCAUUGGGUCUGAUAUUUCUCACUGGGCAUAAAUCCAAGUAAGACACCUGAAAAUCUAAAGCAGAUUUGAGGCAAAUAUGUACAGAGCUCCUGUCUAGUCAUCUCCCCCCCCAGCAGGAUUGUCUCUAGCCUGAAUGUGCCUACGUUUGUUGGAUGGCCCCUUGUUUCACUUCGAGUUAUGUGAGUUGUUACUCUGCACAGGGCUCUUGUCUGAGUUGGCAGAAAUUUGUCUUCUGCCUCUAACCUGACUUGGCACUUGGAAUUGAAUUGCCCUCCCUGCCCGGAUUGCUUUACUUGCCCUGUGCUCCUAGCAACUUUCUUUCAAAAUGAGUUUUGGAGGGGAGGUAUUGAGCUAAUUGGACACUUAAUGCUUGCUCAGGUGUGAACCCGAGUUCACCUGCUUCAGAGUUUGUCUUCCCAGCUGCAGCUCUUCCCCCCCUGCUCUGCAGGUGUACAUCUUCCCCAUGUAUUACUUUUGUUUUAAGCCCAUCAUCAGGUGAGCAGAUCCCCCUUCCAACAAACGGAGGAUGCAAUGUAGAAACGUGUGUGAUGAGGAGGGAUCUCAUUCUCCUCUGAUCUGAGCUUUGCCCAGUUCAUUGCAAACAGGGUGCACACUCAUGCUCUGAGCUGGAAGGAGCUGGGGCCUCUGCAUCUGGCAUGGUGUGACAAGGACGUUGCUCCCAGCUGUGUGAUGCUGAAGCUGCCAGAGGAGGAGCAGCUGCUGGCUGGAUCCUGCCUGAUUGGGAUCUCGGCUGCUGCUCCAGCCUGCUGUGACAUGAGCUCCAGCUUUCUUGCAACACGUCUUCCAUAGUGAUGUGGAGCUCUGCCCUGACCAGCUCUGUGCUUGCUCAUACUCACAGCCCACCAAGCUUUAGUGCGGCAAGGAGCUUUAUGACACCUCCUGCUCAGUGUUACCAACCCAAUGACUUCUCAUUCCUCUCUGGCUUUUUUGCACAUAUUUGAAGCAGGACUCUGACCACCUGCACUGCAGUCAGUCAUGAUGACAGCACUUUGUUCCUUGCCAGCCCUGUCUGACCUGACUCUGGUUUCUGUCUGAUGGACAGUGUCUGAUGGACAGUUCUCACUGUUGCCUCCUUCCCUCUCAUUUGUUUCCUUUUCCAUCAUGUUUUACUGAGUUUCUUCCUAAUUCCACAGUGUUGCUUUUCAGCUUGCCUAAUAAAGCGAUGGCUCUAUUUGCCUGAUUCUAUUAGUUUA